AUGAGGAUCUGGAGCCUCCUCCUGGUGGCCCUCCUGGGUCUAGGGAGCCAGCUGCCUGCUGCCUCUGGGCGGAAGAAGGGAGUGAAAUCAGGGGCCUGCCCACCAGAUGAUGAGCCCUGCAUCCAAUCAGUGCCUGAUCAGUGCAUGGACGACAGCCAGUGUCCCUCAACCAUGAAGUGCUGUCACAAAGCCUGUUUCCUCCAGUGUGUCCCUAGGGUCUCGUUAAAGGCGGGAGGCUGCCCUGAGGACCGGCUGCACUGCCUGAGCCCCACGCAGCACCUGUGUCACAGCGAUUCAGACUGCAAGGGCAAGAAGCGUUGCUGCCGCGCAGCCUGCGGCCGGGACUGCCGAGACCCUACCAGAGGUACAGCUGCUGUGUGCCUGGGCUGGGCGCCUGCCCUUGCCCAGCCCCACCUGCGAGAGUUUCCUCCAGUUCAACAGGCUUCCCAGCUAUAA